AUGGAGCACUUCUGCUGGGGCAAGCCUGUGGGCAAGAAGUGGCGCCCGGUGAAGGUGUACCCCAACGGUGCUGAGGACGAGUUGGCCAAGGCCUUCCCAUGCAAGUUCAGGAGGGAGCUGGUCUGCACACUGCCUGAGCCAGCACAGGACCCUGAGGCCUCGGCUGUGGGCACGGCAACCUGGGCCAAGCUGGAGUAUGGGCUGGUGGCCGAGGCUGAGGCAGCUGAGAAGAGGGACGAAGGGCCCUAUAAGAUGGAGCACUUCCACUGGGGCAACCCACCCAAGGACAAGUGCUACUGCGGCUUCAUGACCUCCAAGAAGAGCCAGAUGCCCCUGGUCAUGCUGUUCAAAAAUGCCAUCAUCAAGAACACCCACAAGAAGGGCCAGUGA